GUCACUUCGCAAUUUCUUCUUCCCUGUGAAUUUCGUCAUGCUUGCCCAACUUGCGUCGGAAUUGUGCCCCACGUCCGCCCCUUUCUUCGGCUUCAUGGGCGUGACCUCUGCCUUGGUCUUUGCCAACUUGGGAGCUGCCUAUGGUACCGCCAAGUCGGGUGUCGGCAUUGCCUCCAUGGGUGUGAUGCGCCCAGAACUCGUCAUGCGCAACAUUAUUCCAGUUAUUAUGGCGGGUGUGUUGGGUAUCUAUGGUUUGAUUGUCGCCGUGAUCAUCCAAGGCUCCAUCGACGUGCCCAACGGCAAGGACACCGUCUACGGAUCGUACACUGGUUUCGCCCACUUGUCGGCUGGCUUGUGCUGUGGUCUUAGCGGUUUGGCUGCCGGUAUGGCCAUUGGUGUGGUCGGUGAUGCGGGCGUACGUGCUGUCGGCCAACAAGAAAAGCUCUUCGUCGGGAUGAUCUUGAUUUUGAUUUUCGCCGAAGCUUUGGGCUUGUACGGGUUGAUCGUUGCCUUGAUCUUGGCCACCAAGAAGUCCACCGGCUGCUAAACACCCCGUAUUUCAGUGAAGUGUCGACCCUCAGGACACCAUAGAGGUUGAGCUUCAUAAAUUUGCGUAUUUCAUUCCGUUGUUGUCGCGCC